AUGCGGCAGAAGAACUUGUGCCGAUUGUGCUUGAUACCGCAUCGUAAAUGGCCGUGUCGCUCGAAAAAGGAAUGCGGAGUGGAUAGUUGCCGAGUUCGACAUCAUAUGCUGCUGCACAGUAGCCGCAAUGAUACUACUGAUGGUCCAAGGUCUGGCGAGACUGUUCAUCAAAAUCAUCACCACACGAAAUCCUUUUCGCUGUUCCGCUAUUUGCCAGUUACGCUGUACGGAGAGGGGAAACAAGUUGAAACUUUCGUGUUCCUGGAUGACGGAUCAUCAUCGACGCUACUCGAGGAGGAAAUCGCUGCACAGUUGGGCAUAGAGGGUGAACCCGAUAACUUGUGGCUGAGUUGGACCGGCAAGAUCAGUAGACAGGAGAAGACAUCCAAGAGAAUAAGCGUGAAGAUAUCCGGAGCUCGGAAGAAGGAAACAUUCCAACUGGGCAACGUGCGAACGGUGCGCGAGCUAGGGCUUCCAAGUCAAACGUUGGACUAUUUAGAGCUGUCGAAUACGUUCCCGCAUCUUGAAGGUCUUCCCGUGGCUAGCUAUGUCAACGCUAAGCCUGGCAUGAUCAUCGGGCUGGAACACGUACGGUUGCUCACUAGCUUGAAGACUCGUGAAGGCAGCAGCAGCGAACCAGUUGCAACCAAAACUCGUCUAGGUUGGUGCGUAUACGGGAGGAAUUCUGGAACUGAAGGAUCAGUUGAGCAGCUGCACAUCCAUGCCUGUGAAGACAUUAGCAACCGCGAAUUACACGAUUCGAUGCGAAAGUUCUUCGCAGUAGAAGAUGCCGUUUUGAUGCAGCAGCUCGAAUCCGAGGAGGACAAACGAGCACGCAGCAUUCUGGAAGCGACAACGGUACGGAGAGGAACUCGUAUGGAGGCGGGUUUGCUUUGGAGAAAGGACAACGUGAACUUUCCGGGCAGCUACCAAAUGGCGAUCAGUAGGUUGAGAGGACUGGAAAAACGGUUGGCAAAGGAUCCGGAGUUGCGUAGAAAGGUGAACGAGCAAAUCGAGAGUUACGAGCAGAAGCAGUACGUUCGCAAGGUAACAGUGGAAGAGGUUGCGAAUGCGAACCCUCAGAGUGUGUGGUACUUUCCGUUAGGGGUGGUGACCAAUCCUAAGAAACCCAACAAAAUUCGAAUGGUGUGGGAUGCCGCCGCGAAGGCUGGUGGAGUUUCAUUCAACGACAUGCUUCUCAAGGGGCCGGACCUUCUCGUAUCGCUCGUAGAUGUUUUGCUACGAUUCAGGGAAGGCAAAAUCGCAGUUUGCUCCGAUAUCCGCGAAAUGUUCUUGAGAAUCCUCAUUCGAGAGGUGGAUAAGUGGUCACAGUGCUUCCUAUGGCGUAGCAGUCCGGAAGAUGAAAUGCAGGUCUAUGUGAUCAACGUCGCUAUGUUCGGAGCAACCAGCUCACCAUGCACAGCACAGUUCGUUAAGAAUAAAAACGCUCUUGACUACGCGGAGCUGUAUCCCAGAGCAACAAACGCAAUCAUUAACAACCAUUACGUAGAUGACUUCCUCGACAGUGUCAACUCGGUGGAGGAAGCAGUUCAGCUUGUCAACCAAGUACAGCUUAUUCACGCAGCAGCAGGUUUCGAAUUCGGCAAAAUCCUGUCCAACUCGCAGGAGGUGCUCAAUCGUCUAGGGGAGACUGGAUCGACAGCCAGCAACUCGCUGAGCCUCGACAAGAAUGAAAUUUACGAACGCGUCUUGGGUGUCGUGUGGGUACCUUCAGCGGAUCAUUUCACCUUCGAUCAGACAGGGCUCAAAGAAGUCUUGGGUAGUAACGGACCGAUUCCAACGAAGAGGCAAGUACUGCGGACCGUGAUGAAACUGUAUGAUCCUUUGGGAUUCGUGGCGCACUUCGUUGUGCAGGGAAAAAUCCUGAUGCAAGAGAUUUGGAGAACGGGUACUGACUGGGAUGAGCCCAUAGCAGAACAACUGUACGAACUAUGGAGUAGAUGGAUCGAGCUGUAUGAGAUGAUCGACGAGGUGAAAGUUCCGCGCUGCUUUUUCGGAAGUCUUCUGCCACAGGAGGUGGACGAAAUCGAGGUCCACGUGUUCACGGAUGCAAGCGUAGCGGCAUGUGCGUGUGUCGCUUACCUGAGAAUGAUGUUCAGCGGAGGUAGCUGGUGUUCGUUGGUAGCAGCAAAAACAAAAGUUACGCCACUUCGGACGCUCUCAAUUCCACGCUUGGAGCUUCAGGCUGCCAUGAUGGGAUCCCGCUUAUUGCAAAACGUGUGUUCGGCGCUAACCCUCAACAUUCGAAAACGGUUCCUUUGGACGGAUUCAGCGACAGUUUUGGCGUGGCUGCGCUCGGAUAGCCGUCGGUACCACCAGUUCGUCGCUUUUCGGGUGGGCGAGAUUCUUUCGCUCACAAGCGUUGAUGAAUGGCACUACGUACCGUCGAAGCUCAACGUGGCAGAUGACGCCACCAAGUGGAAUUCGGGACCAUCGUUUGAUCCAGAAAACCGUUGGUUUCAAGGUCCAUCGUUUCUACGAGAUCCAAAAGGGCAGUGGCCUAAGCAAUCAGCAGAAGUAAGCGAAGCAGACGCGGCAAGCGAAGAACUUCGAAUGGUAGCGGUACACCAAACGACGGUGGAGAUAGUUGAUGCUGAACGUUUUUCAAGCUGGAAUCGUUUAGUCCGUACGAUGGCCUACGUUCACAGGGCGCUACGGUUCUGGAAGCGCACGCUGAGUGAUGCACAAUGGCGACAAGGUCCAGGACAAGAGGAUUUCGAGAAGGCGGAGGAGUCACUUUGGCGACAGGCCCAAGCGCAGGCGUAUUCGGAGGAACUUCACGAGCUGAGCAAGGGUCGCAGCGUUCGGAAACAAAGCUCACUGCAAUCGUUGAUUCCAUUCAUCGAUGAUCACGGAGUCAUUCGGGUAGGAGGUCGGAUUGGAAACGCGCCGCACAUUGCAUACACGGCAAAGUAUCCCGUAAUAUUGCCAAGGGAUCAUUGUAUCACCUUCCUUCUGGUGGAUUCUUUCCACCGGCGGUUCCUUCACGCCAACGGAGAAACAGUCUUAAAUGAACUACGGCAGGGGUUCUACAUACCGAAGCUUCGGACUCUCGUACGUAAAGUCAGCAGAGCUUGUCAACACUGUAAAGUGCUGAAAGCUGCUCCGGUGCCACCGCUGAUGGGACCACUGCCAAAGGUACGGUUGACACCAUUCGUUCGGCCGUUUACUUACGUCGGUGUCGAUUAUAUGGGACCUUUCGAAGUCAAAGUCGGACGCAGCGUGGUGAAGAGGUGGAUUUGCCUGUUCACCUGUCUCACAGUGAGGGCGGUUCACCUGGAGCUGGCACACAGCCUUUCAACGACUUCCUGCGUGAUGGCCUUCAGGAGAUUCGUGGCCCGGCGGGGCGCACCGUUGGAAGUCUUUUCCGAUAACGGCACGAACUUUGUAGGAGCGAAUCGCCAGUUGUCUGAAGAGAAGCAGAAGAUCCAGGACAUCGUCGAGGACUGCGCUGCUACAUUCACCAACGCGAACACCCAGUGGCAUUUCAACGUUCCAGCGGCUCCGCACAUGGGAGGACCAUGGGAGCGUAUGGUCAAGUCCGUAAAGGUAGCGAUGAAGGCAGUAUCGGAUAGUCCGCGUCAUCCAAGCGAUGAGGUGUUGGAAACGAUCAUGUUGGAGGCUGAAGCGAUCGUCAACUCGCGACCGCUGACCUACGUUCCCUUGGAGGCAGCAGACGAAGAGGCACUCACGCCAAACCACUUUCUGCUGUAUGGGUCAACCGGUAUCAAGCAACCAGCAACCGAACCUGUGAACGGUAACAUCCUUCGAGACAGCUGGAAGCUUGCGCAGCACAUCGUGGACGAAUUCUGGCGCAGAUGGGUUCGAGAAUAUCUCCCGAUGCUAACGAGGCGUACGAAAUGGUUCGAUGCAGUGAAGCCGCUGGAACCUGGCGAUCUAGUCGUGAUAGUCGACGAAAAUUCGAAGAAUCAUUGGGAGCGAGGACGUAUUUGUGAGACCUUUCCGGACAAAUCUGGGCAGGUGAGGCGUGCUACGGUACAGACAGCUAGAGGAGUGUUCGCUAGACCUGCGGUUAAGCUGGCGGUUCUGGACGUGGCAAGCAACGACAGGAGUACGGAAGCAGUCGCUCCGGAAACGGAAGUGGUUCACGGGUUGGGGGAUGUCGCCGAUACCCCUCGACGCGGCGAAUUGUGGGUGAACCAACUGACCGAACCCUCGCGAGCGAAACGCCAGUGCCGGGCGAAGCGAAUGACAGAUCGAAUGUAAAGAAACGCAUAUAGUUGUAGAAGUUGGUUUUGGUUUCUUUGUGAGGAAAAAUAAAGAAGUGAAUUCUAGUGAGGUGAAAUAGCUUGUAAGUUUAGCGAUUAAUAAUUGAAGAAUUGUGAUUUAAAACGUUUAUUGUAAUUACAGUUCGAUUUGUAUUUAUAAUUUCGCGGUUUUCCACGUAGUAAGUGGAUCAUUCAUUAGAAUUGAGGUAUGUUGUUCCUAAAAUUAGAAUAAUAGUACUUACCUAGCUUGUUGCCUAGCCUAAAAUGGACCUAAAUACCUACCGUUGGUUAUAGAUCGUGUCGGAAUUGUCCAUCCGUGGUAGACGGUGACCUGGCAAAAGAAGAAGAACACUGAAAAUCUUUGAAGCUGCUAAGUUUGCAACUAAAAGACGGUGUUUGUUCUGACUAUCGAG